AUGAAGACCAUUUAUCCACUACUCACUCUCCUUUCGGCUGCGGCCGUUGUCGCCGGUCCUCUCCCAAGAAACGUACAACUGCUCCCGGACGCAAACCUCAAGCCUACUCGCGUCGUCGCGCGCACGCAAAUGCCUGCCGAGGCUGCGCCAGCACCAGCAGCAGGAAUUGAUCCUGGUAAAGCUGCUGCGGAUGCUAUGGAAGCAAUGCACGUGGCCGAAGCGGAGGCUAAAGAAAAAGCUCAUCAAGAGGCUGCUAAGCAGAUGGAGGCCAUGCAUCAGGCAGAGGCAGAGGCAAAGGAGAAGGCCCACCAAGAGGCCGCUAAGCAGAUGGAGGCUAUGCACCAAGCAGAAGCCGAAGCAAAGGAAAAGGCACACCAGGAAGCUGCAGCAGCCAUGGAAUCUAUGCAUGUUGCAUCUGAAAAAGCAAAGGACGCUGCCCACAAGGCAUCGGCUGAUGCCAUGGAAGCUAUGCACGUCUCGCGGGAACUGGCCAGCAUCUCCAUGGCCAUGAAGACAGAGGCUCCAGCUGCCACUCCUCCACCACCACCACCACCUGCCGCUAUGCCUCACGAGACUCCUGCUCCGGCCCCUACACAUGUUAUGCCCCCUCCUCCUGCCGCCGAGAUGCCACCACCACCACCCCCUCCCGCUGAGAUGCCACCCCCUCCCCCAGCACACACAAUGGCACCUCCUCCACCUCCAGCUCACACAAUGGCUCCCCCACCACCUCCUGCAGCGGAAAUGCCUCCUCCGCCCCCGGCUCAUGAGAUGCCAGCUCCAUCUGCCCCCGCUGCUGCAGAGAUGCCACCACCACCUCCCGCCCAUGUGAUGCCACCACCUCCUCCUGCUCAUACAAUGGCACCUCCUCCACCUCCUGCCGCUGAGAUGACUCCUCCUGCAAAGAUGCCUCAUGUUCCUGCUGAGAUGCCGUCUCCACCUCCCGCUGCUGAGAUGCCCCCAGCCAUCGGUGGCAUGAACGGUAGUGAGGCUGCACCGUCUACAUCAUCUGCUCCCCCUGCGGCUGAGGUCACCGAAAGCUUCUCUCUGAUUAUGGACCAGGCUGCACAGGCCACUGGUGCUGCCAACAUGACUGCUUCCUCGGCCACGAGCACCCCUGCGGCACCUGCUGAAACCGGUGCUGCCGAGGAAGAGAAGAAGAAGGCCGAAGAGGAGCAGAAGAAGGCAGCUGAAGAGGAGAAGAAGAAGGCCGAGGAAGAGAAGAAGGCCAAGGAAGAGGCCGACAAGGCUGCAGAGGAACAGAAGAAGCAAGAGGAAGCCGACCAGGCUGCUGAAGCCGAGAAGCCCGCUGAGGACGCUGCGCCAGACAACCAGGGCGGAGCCGAAGCCUCAGCCCCUGCUGAGGCACCUGCUGAAGCGCCCGCCGAAGCGCCCGCCGAAGCGCCCGCCGCACAAGAACAGCAACAAGAAGCAGCCGGCGAGGCAACCAUCAAGCUUCCAGUCGGCUUCCUCACUUCUCCACGUCUCCGCCGCGCCAAUCUCGCCAACAUGCCUGCUAAGCGCGGCAUGAAGGCCGUCGCUUUCUAA